GCAUGAACGCCGAGACCUGCGUUUCAUACAGCGAUAUGACAUCCAUGGAUUCAUAUUAUAUCCCCUCUGCAGUGCAAGGUAGGGAUCUCCAGACGGAUCACUUUAGGACAUUCCCAGCCUCUGACACCAAAUACAGCCCUACUGCCUUCCUGCCCAACAAAGGUCAGGCUUACGGAGAAAAGUCCCGGAGCCCCUUCCAGCAGGAGUGCCAGUCAUUGGAUGCCGCCGCAGCUGGGCAAGGCACUUUCAGCAAAUACCACCUCUUCAUGCAGAGGUCUUCUUGCAAGACACCCCCCGAGGAGGACAAACUGCACCAGGACAGCGGACACAACGGAGCGCUCAUCUCCGGCUAUGGUAAAGACAGUUCCGGCCUGACAGACUCUGACUUGGCUCCGGACUCAGACCCUCCUGGAAUGGACACCAGCUACCUGUCUCCGAAGGAUCAGGGCGGGAAGCCGGCCUCCGAUCGGCCUCCAGGCACAGAGUUAAGCCCUAUGGACAAAGGAGAUGGGGCCGAAAGCAACAAGGGCAAGAAAAGGCGAAACCGCACUACCUUUACAAGCUACCAACUGGAAGAGCUGGAGAAGGUUUUCCAGAAGACGCACUAUCCUGAUGUUUACGCCCGGGAGCAGCUGGCACUGAGGACGGACCUGACUGAGGCCAGAGUGCAGGUGUGGUUUCAGAACCGAAGGGCGAAGUGGAGGAAAAGAGAGCGUUUUGGUCAGAUGCAGCAGGUCCGAACACAUUUCUCAACAGCUUACGAGCUUCCUCUUCUGACGCGCCCUGAGAACUAUGCACAGAUUCAGAACCCCUCUUGGAUCGGUGGCAGCAGCGCAGCAUCUCCCGUGCCGGGCUGUGUUGUGCCCUGCGACUCUGUGAACGCCUGUAUGACCCCCCACCCCCACUCUGCCAGCGGGAUGUCUGAUUUCCUGGGCAUGCAGAGUCCCGGAGGUCAUGUGGGACAGGGUCACAUGGGCAGCCUGUUUGGAGGGCAUCCUGGCAUGGCUUCAGGCAUCAACACGUACGAUCUGAACAUGGACCCUGACCGCAAGUCCUCCAGUAUCGCCGCUCUGCGCAUGAAGGCCAAAGAGCACAGUGCAGCCAUAUCCUGGGCCACAUGAUGUGUAUACCUGCUGGAUGGGGUGACCUAGUGGACCCUCAAGAGUCUAUUCAAUCCCAGCAUGGGGUGAGGGGACACUAUAAUCAAAAACUCAAAAGGCAACAGUGACUACCUUCAUAAAUGUUGCAAUACAAUAAUUAUUGAAGUACUUGGAUGGGUGGAUAUUACUCCUAGAGAGAACAUCAAGAGAUUUGGUCAUAUAAGUGGGGGGGGGUGCCAUGGCUGUGCAGGUGAGCUUGGUGGAGAGAUGCUCUACUGUAUAACAGGAGUGGCAAUGUAGUUCAGAUGCCGAACAUGUUAGAAAUAACAACUUCAAACAAAUCCAUGCACUUAUUUGCUAAAAUACAGGAGAGUGUGUCCAGGGCUUUCAGUGUCAGCGUAGUUCUCUGUUCAGGUGCUGUUUUAUUCUUAUCUUAUUAUUUAAAUGUUGAGUGUUAUUAUUGAUUUCUAUUGUUACUGUUUUUUUUGUGACAAAAAGUUCAGCAAGCAUCUCUGGAAGCUAAACUGAGAAUAUAAAAUAGUUGUUUUAUGUAAUUACAAGGCUUUUUUAUUAGCAGCAAAAGCACAUGCAGAAGUGUGUUACUUCAGUAACACUGAAGCUGUGGUAGUGCUCAUAUCAAGCAUGUCUGUCACAGCAUACGGCUUUUCAGAUACAAAGAAAACAUUUCAGUUGCUAAAAAAAGCUACAAGGGGCUCCCUCCACCCUCCAGCAUUUAAAAGUCAAACAGAUGAAAUGUGGUUUGUUUUAGUGUGAUCAGGGUGAGAGAUCCACCUGCCGCACUGACUCAGCCUGCUGAUGGCGGGGAGAGGAAGGGAUGGAGGAGGAAGUGGUGAGUGGGAGCAGGAGAGGGGCACAGCAGGCCUGCUGCUCUCAGGGCUGAAGAGCCUGGGAGCGCCAGCCUCCAAACAGAGCCGCUCUGUUUCAGGAGGACAGACUCCAAGUGGACAUGACUGUACCCCUUUGCAUUUAGUCUCAGGAGUUUAGAGGAGAGAAGUGCCUACUAGUCAGUCAUUCUGCCAGAAAUAACAGCGAAACCAGCAGCAGCCACCUUUGAAACAGAGGAGACUGGUGGAGAUACAGAGUGUGUUGACACUUUUAACAUUGAAAGGAUGUCAGUGUUUAACAGCCUUUUCUAGACUUUAACACGUCUGUGUUUGACUGUCAUGAUGGCACACACAUGGUAAAGCAGCUCUGCCGUAAGCGUUAAUGUAUUUCUUUCCCUUUUUCUGUCAUUAUAUCUGUCAAAUCAAAACAAGUCCUCCUUCUGAAACUAUGACAUCCACAUUUUCCACAAAAAAGCAUGUAUUUGUUCAACAUACUGCUAAACGAUUUAAGAUGACAGUAUUACAUUUUAGUGAGACAACAGUAAGACUCAAGGGGAUCAGGUAGCAUCCUGGUGUAGGUACACUGGCUGACUGCAUAAAGAUGUAUAAGUGAGCACUCUUCUUAAAGGCAACAUUGGCCGGACAGCUGGGGCUAACCAAAAACAUAUUUUAGAGUUCCCGAAGAAACAAAAACAGUCAUGAGAUAGUGUGCAAUUUUUUGGCGCUUUAUCUGAGCAGGAUCUCUUUUAGUAAACCACCAACGUGUCACCGUAAGGAAUCCUGGUUACAGCCAUUACUCCACGUUUACUCUAGGCUUAGAACAAUAUGUCUGUGUUUGUGUGUGUUCUCCGUGGGGAGAAAAGAGGGGGCGAAUCAGAGAUGAGCUCUGAGCGCACAUCAUACCCAUAUCCUCAAAUCAUGCAAAUAUUCAAAUAGUUGACCUUGCUUUCCCCCUGGUAACGGCCUGUUCUAGUGACAGAAAUAGCUGAUGAUGUAUGCCAAUGAGGUUAAGCUUGUUCUUCCUUUGUUAGCAAGGCCUGAUUUAGGCAGAACAAAGAGUUAUAAGCAAACCUGAUACUGUGUAGUGCCCCUUCAGGCUGUGCAACCAUCGCUAAUUCUCUAAACUGAACCACAUUCCCUGCCCUUCUGGGCAUGUAAGAGAAGUGGGUUCAGGCUCUAACCUGUCAUCAGAGCAGAUCACCCCAGAGUCCUCCAAAUUACAUCCAGUUCUACUCUCCGACCCAAAUCCAAGGCAUAUGCAUAAUCCUGUCUUUAGAGUACAUAUCUCUGACUUAAACUGAGAGGGUCUCCUUGCAAUUGUGGACAUGGGGGCCCCCUGUCUCUAGCUGUGGGGUUGGACGGAGGGCGAGCCGCGAGGGCGUCUGCUGUGUUCCGGUGUUCUGGGAAAAGGACAGUGCACACAGCUGCGCUCAGGGGGUAAAUGCAAAACAAACAUGCCUCACACAUGCUUCCCCCUCAGCUGUCAUGGCUCUGCUUUCAAAGACCCCCCUCCUCCUCAAUACACACUGCUCUGGCUCUCUCCCUUUGCUAACAGUCCACUGCCUCAAAGCUGCAGCCCCCGACUCGCAGGGUCCGAGGCACAGCCGCACGGCCAGCACAGGAAGGCUUUUUAAUUAACACUGAGCCAUGUGGAGGCUGUGGACUGCAGGAUUGUGUGUCAGGACAGACAGGCCCGUCUGUCUUCUGGUUUAAUGCAGACUGUUGCUCUGCAAAGUGCACAGACAUACUGGCAUUCAGUAGCUCAGGUUUACACAUACUCACUCUCUUCUGUGUAUUGAAAUGCAUUAUUUUUGGACUGAAACAUCUCCCACGAUGUCAUCCUCCACCAUGAACCUCAGACACCCUCAACCUACUGGUCCUGCAAACACACAGGGACAGUUAAUGCAAGAAUAUAAAACAGCCUCUCUCAGUCAUGAAUGCUGUAUAACUAAAUCCCUGAGUGAUGAAGUCAUCGUUCACUUUUUGUCAUUUUCUAAUACUACUGAAGUCAGACAAUCAGUAUAGGAGUAAAUAUUUUUAAAAUAUGCGUGCGGUUGUGUGCAUGUACAUUUUCGUGCAUGCAAAAUGGAUUGAAGUGUUGUAAGACUCUUGGAAAGGUUACUAAUUAGUUAUGUUUUAUUUUUGUGAGAGUUCAAUGCCUAUUUGAGUGUAUCACUUUUUUUAUUUUGGUGGUAAAAUUGUAUUUCCAGAGUUGUGUUUAAACAGUCUUUCGAUAUGUAUGAGUUUCAAAUGUGUUAUUUUUUUUCAAGUUCAUGCGGCUUUAAGCUGUCUUUUGAAAUAUGUGUAUGAAUUUACUCCUGCUUGUGUUGUGUUGUGUGUGAUUAA